GGUCUUUGCAGAUAGAUUUUAUCCGAAGUUAAAUAGCAGGCGCUCGUCGCUCCCUCGCCAAUAAGUCAUUUUUAAUAGAGACAAAUCGUCCUGGACGCCCCGGAGCGCCGGUGCCGCCGCUCCUGCCCGCGCCCCCCGCCGAAGCGGAGCGGGCAGCCCUGGCAGCUCCCUCCUCCCGCUGGUGAGAGCUCUGCUUGUUCUGUAAAGUGGAUGUCAGGUGGAUCUAUGUUCUGGAAGGAACAAAGAGGCAGCGAAGGCAGCGCGGGGGAAGUUUGAGCGGCGAGGAUGCAGGCUGUGUACUGGUACGCGGUCCUUCUGCUGCAGCCCACCCUUUACCUGGUUACCUGUGCAAAUUUAACAAAUGGAGGGAAAACAGAACUUCUAAAAUCAGGAAGCUCCAAAUCCACACUAAAGCACAUAUGGACAGAAAGUAGCAAAGACUUGUCCAUCAGCCGACUGCUGUCACAGACUUUUCGUGGAAAGGAAAAUGAUACAGAUUUGGACCUGCGAUAUGAUGCCCCAGAAACUUAUUCUGAUCAAGAUCUCUGGGACUGGCUGAGGAACUCCACAGACCUGCAAGAGCCUCGGCCCAGAGCAAAGAGACGGCCCAUUGUCAAGACUGGGAAAUUUAAGAAAAUGUUUGGCUGGGGAGAUUUUCAUUCCAACAUCAAGACUGUGAAGCUAAAUCUGUUAAUAACCGGGAAAAUUGUUGACCAUGGCAAUGGGACAUUUAGUGUUUACUUCAGGCAUAACUCCACUGGUCAAGGGAAUGUAUCUGUGAGCCUAGUGCCCCCUACAAAAAUAGUGGAAUUUGACUUGGCACAACAGACGGUGAUUGAUGCCAAAGAUUCCAAGUCCUUUAACUGUCGAAUCGAGUAUGAAAAGGUUGACAAGGCUACCAAGAACACACUCUGCAACUAUGACCCUUCAAAAACCUGUUAUCAGGAGCAGACCCAGAGCCACGUGUCAUGGCUCUGCUCCAAGCCCUUUAAAGUAAUCUGUAUUUACAUUUCCUUUUAUAGUACAGAUUAUAAACUAGUACAGAAGGUGUGUCCUGAUUACAAUUACCACAGUGACACACCCUACUUCCCAUCAGGGUGAGGACCAACACGUGUCUGAGACUGAAGCCUGGGGAAUAAAAAAGGUCGUAUGACAAGGCUGUAACCUCGAGGAGGAAGGCCACAUCUAUUGCCUGGAAUGUGUCUGCCUACUGCUGCUGAUGUCAAAUGGCUACAAAUAUGUUAGUGGAAAACAAUCUAAUGUAAUUUUUGCCCAGUCAGCUCCAUGUAGCAGUCUAGUUUUAAAUCACUAUGGAUUUGAAAUAAAACCAUACACAUAUACCGAGACACACACUCUUUUCAUCUCACAUCUAUUGAGAUUCCUGUUAAGAGAGCUUUCAUUUUCUGAUAUGUAAGGUUUCCGAGUAGUCUGUCAUCAAACAAAAUGGAUUAAAUAGAUAGGGAAUGGUUUCUAAUUCAGACUGUUAUGGAAAUCUCUUUGAAAGUCCCUUGGGUACACACCAAUCAAUAAUCCCCACGCAUGCAUUCUAUUGCUUGGAGUAGCUGUACUGGUAAAUACUACUGUAGGAGUAAACACUUGUUAAAAUGGGAAAAUUGUGUGUCUAGAGUUCAGUAUUCCUUACUAUAUGAACACAGCAAAGCAUUGUGACUUUUUUCCAGCAUACAGUAGGCACAUUCGAGGUUGUGUUAGGUGGCUUUUUUUCCAUGGAGCAAGCCUGUUAUUAGUAAAGAUGGGCAAACAUUUGGAAUUUACAUGUGGGUAGACAUUCUGUUUUCAUGUUUAUCUGACUCUUUAAUCUCUGAUUCUUUAAACCUGAUUGAGUUCAGGCCAGCUAAGGUACUUAAAAAUUCUGCUACUGAUCAUUAAGAAGGAAAAUGCUUGGUGGAGAACAUGUAAGUUAUAAGUGGCUGUCUUAUCUUUAUUACAAAAUAUUGUAACAAAUUCAAUAUCCUAGUCUUCAUUUGUAUGAAUGGUUUGUAUUGUACAUAAUUUAACCAGUGUUAUUUGAGCUGCUUAUUAAUAUUAACUUGUAAUUGUCUCUCUGCUUGUUAUUGGUUACAAACAAUCAAGGAAAUGAGGAAUCCGUUUUAUCAAUGUAGCUGUAAACUCCAUUAAAAGACAGAACUAUGUACAAAGCAUUUAUUCAGCUAAAGUCUUGUUGAAAGCUAUACAUAUACAACAUUACAGUCUGUCUGUAUUUAGAUAUUUUCUUUCCAGAGAAAAAAGUGAACUGUACAUAAAAAUAAAAAAUCUUAAAGUUGAGUUUCAA